AUGAAUUAAAAAAAAUCAUAUUCUCAUUUGGAAAUUCGUCUAGAAACCCUUGAGGCACUCUGGAUUCAACAUUCAGGGUUCCUGGACAAGAUUACCAAGGAGAGCGGAGUUAAUUACUACUAUCAACAAAGUUGGAUAGUUUUAGAAGGUAUGAUUUGAUUAAAUUAUGAAGGAAAUCCUAAUUACUGCGAGAAUGCCGCUUAAAGAAUUUACUCAAAGGUAUACGAAGACUUUAUUAUGCAAAUUGAAUAAUUCAGGAGCAACGAUGAGAUGAAACCUUUUUAUUAAUUAUUUUAAAACCCCCAGUAUAGAGAAUUAAGCAAAGGCAUCCAAGGAUUUUGGAUUUAUUCUGCCUAAUCGCUUAUGAAGUAAUAUCUAAACAUGGAGUUGAAGGGAUAUCAAUCUCGUUUCCCAGAAUUGCCUUAGUAUUUUCUUAUAACUUGGUUCCCUAAAAUACAAAUGUUGUAUAUCUAAUAAUUGGUUUUCCAAAUGAUCGGUUUUAGAUACACCCAAUAAGGUUUGAACCAAAAAUUCAAAUUUGAUGGUUAAUACAAUGUGACAGCCUUAGAAGCAAUAUCCAUCUAUCUAAAUUUGGAUUUGGACAGUAUUAUCAACUAGUACUCACUAUAAAUAGAGUUGAAUCAAAUACCAAAUCAAUUUUACUUGGUGAUCAAAGCAAAUAAUAAGAACUCGAUCACAGAAACUUGUCGGAUAUUAGAGAAUUAUUUGGAAAGAAAGAAUUUUUGGUCUAUAGCCUAUUUACAAAUAAAGUUGAGUUCUAAAGACAUCUAUUAUUUGAAGAAGAAUUUAAAUGAUUAAAUCAGAUCCAAUAGCACAAUAAAUAUAUACUCCUACGAAGAGAUGAUUCAAGAAUCAAAGAGAUUAGAUCAAUAAUUUUAUAUUAAUUUGACUGAAAUUAUAAUUCAAAGACACAGUAUCUCUUAAAUUUAUUAUCUUAGGUCCUGAUUCGUUAUUUGUUUUUGGAGAUGCCGAUAAGUAGGGUGAAAUUACAGAUACAAUUAUUUAAAUUGUUAGGAAGCUGAAGUAAAAUAAUAGAAUAGAAUAAGAAGAUAGACUUUCACAGUAGUUUACUUAUAAGGAGAAUUCAAAUCAGUAGUUUUUAUGGAACCCUUAGGUAAAUUAGUAAAUAUCUAUUCCUUUCUAAAACAAUUCUAAGAAUUAUUAUUAAGACUAUAACCAAAAAUAAUUUGAUCAACGUCCUGUUCAUUAGCUAUUCGGAACUAGUUUAAAUGAUUAAUAGACAAAUCCUUAUGAAUAUACAAAGUAGAAUUAGACUAUAAAUGAUUAAUAGACAAAUCCUUAUUAUUAUACAAAGUAGAUUUAGACAAGUGAACCUUUUUGGAAUGACGAUUAACCUGAUCGUCCUUUGAAAAACUAUAAGAAAUAUUAGAAAAAUUAUGACAAUAACUGGUCUUAGUCCAAGAAUUAUAAUUAGAAGAGAUAUAAGCAAAGAUAACGCGAUUAAGAUUUUUAGGAACUAGAUGUUACUUUGUAUGUUCCAAAAGUGCCACAAAAUAAUUAAAAUAACUCUGUCUUCUCUUCUCCUUAAUAAUAGGAAGAAGAGAAAUCUUCAUAAUUACUAAUUGUAGAAGAAUUGAAUAAGGUGAUCAAAUGUUAAAUAAUUAAAAUAGAACUAUUUUCAUAUUAAAUAAUUUAUACCUAAAACCAUUAUAAAAAUAGUCAGAAAAUCAAUUUUUAGGAAUUUAAGUUAUCCUUUGAGGAUUUCAUGAAGAAGUAUUAUAAUCUAUAAGCUGAAAUAACAUUAGUAUUUAACAUUGAGAAUAUAAUAAUUAACGUCAAUUUUAAAUAAUAGGAGGACAUCCAUUAAGUUAAAAAUGUUUUCCAUAAGUAUUUUUUGUAAUAAAUGUAUUAUGUGACCUAAUACUCGACUUAAGCCUUGGGUCUAGUCAACAUUUUAAAAGUAAAUUCCAAUGUGCAAUAUUUCUCAACUAAAACAGAGCUAACAGGAUUUUUGAAUGAGGAUUAGUUCUCAGAAUUAGUUGAAAUUUAGGAUGGUCAAUAGAUGGCAAUCAAAGUAAGCAACUUCUCAUAUAGGAAUCAUAACUAAUUAAGGGAGAAGUUUAAUAAUUUUGAGAUUUCCUAAUCCUUUUAAUAGAAUUCCUCAGUCUUAGAUAUAUCUAGACAAGUAGGAUAAGGGAAAAAAGUAAUUCUUAUUUCUGAAGAUUAAUUACAAUAUUUAAAUCAAGAAUUUGUUGAUUUAGAAGCAUGUUAAUUGAAAAAGUUCAAAGAGUUCUUUAAGCUACCUUUCUACUUUGUAUAGAUUGAAUAUAUCGAGGAACUUCUAGAGUAAGCGAGAGUCGAAUUUAGAAGGAUGAAUGAGAAGUAUGUGAAGGCUUAAGUGUAAGCCAAAGAAAAGGAAAAUAAUAAGGUUUGGAUGAAAGAGAUAAAGAAGGAUCAAUUAUGUUAAGCCUUUAAAUUAUAUUGUUACAAUAUGAUGGAAGCAUUUUAUAUGAAUCUACUAAAUGAUCUUAAUGAAUCUCUAAUGUGCACAGAAGAAUAUUAGUCUAAUUAAUAUUAAUCUAUGUAUCAUGAAGUAAUCAUAGAUUUGGGUAAGAGAGAAUUGAAUCCAAGAGAUCCUCAAAGCGUUGAAGAUUUGUUAUUUAAUUCAGAUUUUAAAUGUAAAGCAUUCAAAUAGUAUCAUAGUUGAGCCUAAAGAUAGUAAUUUUUUUAUUGAUUUGCCUCUAGGAACAUUUAUCACCGUGUGGGUUCGUAAUUAGAAGGAUAUUUUGACUGAAUUUUAAUAGAUUAAGAAGAAUGAAAUCCUUCCAAGGUAUUUGAUUAUUACUUAUAUUAUUGUAGAGGAUAUAUCCUAAAAUCAUGAUUUGUUAGAUUAUUGCAUAACAUGAGACGUUGAUAUAUUAAAUGGAUAUAUCAAGAAAAUAUAAAAAAUUUAAACAUAAAAUUAUUAAAUGAAGAGAUUCGAAAUGUAUAAGAACAUUGUCCUUUGAGAAUCUUCAUAAAUAUAAAAACAGAGUAAAGCCUCAGAAGGUGGAAUUAUAAUCUCAAUUACAAAAGUUUAAUCAUAACAUUUUCAUAAAUGCAUAUGUAGAAUUCGGACGAGAAUUACCUUGGUUAUAUUAUGCAAUUGGGAAUAUGAAUAUUUUAUGAACAAAAUAGCAGAUUAUCGAAAUAUGCAAGAAAGUAAU